GAGCGAGGGGAUCGCGGUCGCCACCGGCGCGGCACACGCUGCAUGCAUUCGUUAGUGGUGCGCAAGGAGCGCGUGUAGUAGUCUGUGAUAUUAGAGGUGACUGGAACUGUCACACGCGAGACUACACCCGGCCACAUAAUGUCAAAUCGAGCAUGGGUGACACUGGCAACCAACGAUUCCUAUGGGCUGGGAGCCUUGGUUCUUGCACAUUCCCUGCGCCGCGCCGGCUCGACAUACCCAGCCGUAGUGCUCAUCACUCCGUCCGUCACUGAGGCUAUGAGAGAACGUCUGAAUGCAGUGUUCGCGGAGUUGAUAAACGUGGAUGUGCUAGAUUCGCGCGAUGCUACUCAUUUGGCGCUCCUACAGAGGCCCGAACUCGGCAUCACCUUCACAAAGAUCCACUGCUGGAGUCUCACGCAAUUCGAAAAAUGUGUCUUCCUUGAUGCUGAUACCCUGAUUGUUCAAAAUUGCGAUGAGUUAUUCGAACGAGAAGAACUGUCAGCGGCGCCAGAUGUCGGCUGGCCUGAUUGCUUCAACUCUGGUGUCUUCGUGUUCACUCCUUCAGCAGAUACGUACUCCAGAUUGAUCAGUUUCGCACAGGAACGUGGCAGUUUUGACGGUGGUGACCAAGGAUUGCUGAAUGCGUUCUUCUCCGACUGGGCACGUGGCGACAUCAAUAAACAUCUUCCCUUCCUCUACAACGUCACAUCCGCCGCCUUCUAUUCAUAUCUGCCUGCUCUAAAACAUUAUGGUCAAAAUCUGAAGAUAAUCCACUUCAUCGGCUCCGCUAAACCGUGGCUCCAGCAGUUUAAUUGGCAGUCCCAAUCUGUAGAUGCGCCCGAACAUUUGCGCGAGUUCCUCCAAUUAUGGUGGGAUCUCUUUGUGUCCCAAGUUCACCCACAACUUGACACUGCUAUGGAGUCGACCAUUGAAGUGGAGGAAGCACUUCCAGAAAUACCUGAAUAUCCAGAAGACACCGAGUAUCACUAUGAGCCAAUAUUGGACCCUGGAUCAGAAUUCCCCUGGCAUCACCCAGAAUCCCAAAAUCAAGAAUCAAUAGAGCAAAAACAUGAAGUCGACUUUUCUCAAAUCCACGACCCGUGGAUGUAUUACCGCGGGAAUAUUCUCCCAAAUGUAGGCAAUUCUAGAACUCAACAAAGCGCUUUCGAAAGUCAAGACGAGAUAAAUAAAGUUUUAAGUGAAUACCGAUCUCCGCAACAAGAGUACAAUCCGAAUUAUUUUGAAUCAAACGAACAAACUAUAUGGCACCAAUCACAUCAACAUAGUCAACAUAGCCAUUCUGAUCAUCAGCCCUCUGAGUAUCAUUGGGAAAGGCACCAAUCACAUCAACAUAGUCAACAUGCUCAUUCUGACCACCCCUCUGAGCCCUCUGAGCAUCAAUGGGAAAACAGUUCUCGUCAUCAUAAAUUCGAUUAUUAUCGGAAUGCCACUUAUGGUACUCAUGCUCAUCCCUCAUAUUCAAGUGAACAGCAAUGGUCCUAUGGAAAUCAAUCAUACCCAGAUAACACAAAUCAUUACCACAAAGAUAAUUCAUUACAAUCAAAUAGUGAAGAACACGCACACGGUCAUCGUUAUCAUACAGAAAAUAACAAUUCAUCAAAUUCCCUAGAGCCUCCUAUUCGCGAUUCUCUAUUCAUCCAAAACAAAGAACAAAACGGUUAUACUCAUUAUGCCAAUGCCUAUCCUGAAAGUCACACACAAACGCGACUCGAUACUAGAGACAGGCAGGAACAGAAAAGCUGGGUAUCACACACUCAUAACGAGCCUCGACCACAGCAAGUGUAUCAAUUACACCUAGACACGAGAAACCGCAAACAACGACGCCCAAGACCCAACAGGCAGCAUUUGCACACACCUGCUUGUGGAUUGACAAAUGGGCAUAGUUCUGAUACAGACAGUGAAGAAGAAUAUAUUAUACCGAGGCAUCCUUACGAUGGGUUUUAUUUAAAACAUAGGCCUACUAUCGAUGCCCGUGGAAAAAAGAUAUGUUCGCAUGAAAUACCACCGGCCCCUUCACCAUCUCCUUCGUCAUCUCCUCCGCCAGAAUCUCUGCCGUCACUAGAAAGUGGGUCAGUGCACUCUGAGGAUUAUCACACAGCAAGUGAAUGUGAAGAACAAAGCGGUGUGGCUGGUAAUCUAGCACGAGUGGUGCCAGGUGAUGUUGGGUACCAGCGUGAAGCUAUUGAUGAGCUUUCACGGCGUCAAGGAUGGGAGGCAGGCAAUAUUGAUUAUAUGGGCGCUGACUCCUUCGACAACAUUUGGGCUAAGAUUUCACAAACCUUGAAUCAAACACGUACUUCGCCGCCCAAACAACCGUCGCCUCCGCGUAAAGAGCCUUCUCCUCCGAAGGCACCAGAAGCCCAACCGCCUACUGCUGCAGAACCUGCUGUUGCUGUAACAGCACCAGUAGCAACAGAAACUCCUGAACCUGCUGUGGCAGAAACUCCUGUACCUGCUGCAGUGGAGACUACAGCACUUGCUGCGACAGAAAGUUCAGUUCCCGCUGUUGAAGAAACACCAGUAUUGGCUGCGGCAGAAACAUCCGCACCUAUCACGGCGGAAACUUCAGCAUCUGUUGCGACGAAAACUUCAGUACCUGCUGCGGCAGAAACUCCAGUACCUGCUGCUGCAGAUACUCCUGCUCCCGUUGCGGUAGAAAGUCCAGCAACAACAGAAGCACCAGUACCUGCAGAAAUUGCUCCAGUACAGACAGAAACACCUGCACCAGUCCAAGAAGAAACACUUGCGCCAGAGCAAGCUGCUUUACAACAAGAAGUACCAGUGCCACCAGCAGAGCCUUCGUUGUUAGUUGAGCCUGCUGCACCAGAAGCCGUUCCAUCGAAAGAAGCAGGAGUUGCAGCUGUUUUAGUUGAGCCUCUGAAAUUAGAACCAGAAGCGAAACCAGCGCAGUCAGAAAUCCCAAAAACAACAGAGCAGGUUAUCGCUAUAGAAAAGACUGAACCCGUAGUACCACCUACACCUCCCGCGACACCAAAAUCUACACCAGAGGCCUCACCUCCAGUUUUGGAAACGCCUCUUAAAAUAGAAGCCACGAGUGUAGUGCGGAGUGCGCCUGCAGCAGUGGAGUCUCCUAAAGCUGCAGAGUCAGCUCAAGCAGUGGCUGCAUCACCGGCGCCCGCGGCUGAGACGCCGGUCAUCCCAGUGCCACCAGCUUCGGCUCCUCUCGUGGCCACACCUGAAAAGCCAUCUGAAACUUCUGUUGCCUCGACAGACAGUCCACCUCUAGCCAAUACACCGUCCAAAGAAGAAGCCCCCGCUGCUCCGGCUGCCAAAUCUGAGGAGCGGCGUAAGCCCGCGGGCAAGUUGCAGCUGAGCCCGCCAGCCGCCGCAGACCCACUGCCUACACCCGACAGCGAAGUCGAGGACGCAGCUGCGCUCGCGCAUGCUAUCAUCGCCAGCGAAUUGUCCGCCACUGUCACCGCGCCCUCGCCCUCUGUCGACCCUGCUUCUCCUCUUCCAUCGAAGGAGGAGAAAAAACUUUCAGUAGAGGAUCCCCAGGUGCCAACACCACCUGUUUCACUCGAACAAAUCGGAGUCAAACCAAAAGGAAAAACUACAACAGCCUCACAGAUAGAAUCGUCCAUAGCGGAGAAGGCUGAACCUGCUACUCCCACGACUCCCACGCCUCCCACGACUCCCACGACACCCUCCACACCUUCCACACCCAGCACGCCUACGGCGGAAGCGCCGAAAAAGAAAACUGUAAAAAAAAUUGUUAAAAAGGAGGCAGGCCCGAGCGGCGAUGUGCCUACUCCGGUGCCGCCACCGCGCAAAAAGGAAAAGAAGCCCAAAGAAAAGUGAGCGCUUGAAAGCGCCUGUAAGUUCCUUUGUGCCAUAAGCGUAGUCUCUCCUAUUUAUUUUUAAUGUCUAUUUAAUUAUUUACGAAAUGCUUUUUGUACUGUGUAACCUGUUAAGAAUAUUUUUUUAAUGUCUAAUCGUCAUCACAAGUCCAUAGUUUUAUAAUAGUUGUAAUUUUAUUUUACUUUUACUUUAUGAUCAUGAAUUCAAAUUACUUUGGCUUUGUCCGUUUGAAAUAUAAA